AACAGCAUUAAGAAUGGGAAAAGUUGAAUCAAAUAAGUUAAAAAAGGAAAGGUCUCAUAUAGUAACUUUAGAAAAGGCUUCAAUGAUAGAAGAAAAAUUAGGAAGAGAAGUUUUAUUUUCGCGUUCUGAAAUUCAACAAAAUAUUAGUCAAUUAGAAAACCCGAGUUCAUAUAAAAGUUAUUUCAAUGCAUUACCUAAAAUUAUUUGCGGUUUCUUUCAAGCCCUCAUCACAGUACUACAACAACAAAAACAAAAUGUUGUUAAUAAAAAGAGGCUUCAACGUGGACUUCCUCCAAAAUCACUCAAUACAAGUCAAAUAUCAAAAACAACCACUUUAUUAACCUUCAUGCUACUAACCAUCGCUUUCCUUGGAAUGAAAAUCUAG